CUUCCUCGUUGACUGACUACUUGUUCCUCUUUGACAUAAGUGAGGUGCACUUAAAAUGCCUCCAUACCACUCGCGAGGGGGCGCCUGAGUCCAUCCCUCUCCUACACCGGAUCUUGUGAAACUCGGGUGUAUUACAUCCCGUUCUGUUGCUUCCCCGCAGGUGCUCCUGUAGUUUUGUGGAAGUCCCAAGGCUCUCAUGUAAAUUUGUUCAUAAUGCCAAACGUUUUGAUCACCCGGGUAUUGUCGACUUUGAUGCGCGCAGUCUCCACAUUACCAUUUGGGUCAUUCUAUGAGUGCAUAGAUUACGGUGCCCCUACCACAACGCCGGACAUGGCAAGGGGGAUUCAUAUGUACUCCCAACCGGAUCCUCCCUAUGGGCCAACACCAAAACCAUCACUGAGCAGAAAAAAGGAUAGAAGUCCCCUCGGGCACUAAACAACCCGCUAAUACCAACAACGAUAAGAGCGUCCCCUUGGGGAUGAUCAGUCAAGUUCCAUCCUUAGAAAAUCCUCGAUGUCAUUGCGUCCUUUAACCACCCGAUCACCGUACCAGAAAUCUGCCGGAGAGGCGGUGGAAAGGGCAGUUUUCAUUCCAUUUCGCGUCCAUCGAAAGAGAUGAUUUUGACUAUUCUUGCUACGGAGGAAUAGACAUUCCCACUGGAAACCCGCUCGCCGAUACUGGGGAAAAGGACCAUAGAAAGGAUCGUUCAGCCAGGAUUGUGGCUCAGAACCUUGCGCGUUGUUCCUGUCCAGGACCAAAGGCGCUACGGGUUCAGGGAGAGGUAGAAAAUCGUUGUUUCC